AUGAACAUGCCGCUGUUGGAUAUUCAACCACGAACAUUGACGUUUGUAGUUGACCUGAAGAAGCAGAGUUCCUGUGUGGUGCAGCUAACCAAUACAACCCAUAAUUUUGUUGCAUUUAAGGUCAAAACCACAUCACCAAAGAAGUACUGUGUCCGUCCAAAUGUCGGCAUUGUUGCACCAAAAUCAUCAUGUGAAUUCACUGUCAUUAUGCAAGCUUUGAAAGAACCACCUCCAGAUAUGGUUUGCAAAGACAAAUUCUUAAUCCAGAGCACUGCUGUGCCUGCGGAAACAACUGACGAAGACAUCACAGCUAGCAUGUUUUCCAAAGUGGAAGGCAAACACGUCGAGGAAAACAAACUCAGAGUCACUCUUGUGUCGCCAUCUGAAUCACCUGAACUAUCUCCAAUUAAUGGGAUGCAGAAGCAUGAAUCAGUAUUUGAAGAUUCCAUCCUCAAGGAUCGAUUAUAUAGUCAAUCAGAGACCCUUGCUCCGCCACAAUAUGAAGGUGAGAUUGUGAAGGAGCCUAGAAUGGUUGGACAUGAUGAGUUAAAGGCAGCAGAUGAUGCAAAGCAAUUAAAGCCACCACAAAGGGGGUGUAUUGAAGAUUUUGAUCCUACUAAUGACUUAAAGGCGACUAAAGGUGGCUACGAUGCAUUGAGGGUGGCAAAAGAAACUGAAGUUGAUCCGAUUAGAUCCCAUAAGGAUGCAGAUGAUGGAAGGGGGAUUAAGGACGCUUACACAAAGAGGGCCAUGGAUCUACCUGGGGAUCAAGGGUUUACUAAUGGAAUAACUUCAGUUAACAGUGUAGCUUAUCCUGAUGAACCAAAGAUACUCAAGGACAGAGAUGUUGUCCAGCUGCAGAAAACAGAUGCUCCGAAUAUCAAAGCAUUGGAUGAAUAUAAGUUGGUUAAAGACAUUGAGGAGAUGAAGCUAAAAGUUAAUGCUCUUGAAUCCAAGCUAAAACAGGCUGAUUCAACCAUUUCGAAGCUAAUGGAGGAGCGGUCUAUAAGCUCCCAACAUAGACAAAGCUUGCAAAAAGAGCUGGCGGAACUGAGGACGAAAAAGAUAGUGAAAGAAGUGCACGUUGGGUUCCCUCUGCUGUUUGUAUGCGUUGUGGCAUUCAUCAGCAUUGUUAUCGGGUAUUGUCUGCGCACUUGA